UUAAUGAAUAUUCUUGCCUUACGGAUGCUUCCGGCUUUGCUGCUGCCGUUGAUUCUGCAGCAAGGCAGCGCCUACAAUUUCUGCAAUGAUGACCGUGGCUACUGUGCGAUGGCCGAAUCGAAGCACUUCAUCUGUCGCCUACACACGGAGCUGAAACCAUUAAAUGAGUACAUCAAGCAGGUGAUAGCCAUACCAGACACGUACCGAUUACGUGAUCGUAUAUUGGCAUAUCAUAACGAAUUUCGCGAUUCUGUGGCCUCCGGCGAAUUGAAAAAUAAAUAUGGUGAAAAUUUUCCAGCUGCCAGCAGUAUGCGGGAGCUUAUCUGGGAUUUGGAGCUGGCGUACAUGGCGCGUCUGCAUGUUUCUACCUUAUCCUUCAGGCAUACAAUAUGCCGUGCAGUAAAGCGUUUUCCAGUUAUCGGCGAAAAUAUGAGUAUGGUGUUCAUAGACGGAAUGCAUAUCAAUCUCACCACAUUGCUGGACUCAACACUCAGGGCCAUGUUCGUUGAGCAUCAGGACUGUUCGCCACCAAUCUCGUUUGUUACUAAAUACAACGUUGCAACGUUUCGUGAAACCCUUGGCCACUUUGCCAUCAUGAUCAAUGACCGAGUCUCAAGGGUGGGCUGCGCCUUUGUAGUUGCCAGAAACUGCCUUAAGCCGAUGCAAAAAGGCUAUUGCUAUCUGAUGACCUGCCACUACAAUUACAACAACAUUGUCGGCUCACGUGUCUAUAAGCGUGGUGACCCCGCUUCGGACUGUAAAAGAUGGGAGACCUCGCCCAGUAGCAGGUACUUAAAUCUAUGCGCCAAUAACGGAAAAAUAUUUCGCAAUAAAGCCCAGGAGGACAUUAAUUACAUGGACAGCAUAAAGAACGUGAAAUGA